GUACGAGUACGCGAGCCUCCCGUGUCGCUCGCGUUCUCUCGUAUGCUUAAUAUCUCCGGCACCAGGCUUCCCGACCACGAUCGCGCUCGCGCAGCCCAUCAGCUCGAAGUGGGAAAAUCAAUAGCAUCUGGUGGUAAACGUACAAAACGCCAAGUCUCGUUUGGGGUAGUUAACGAGGCUGUUACCUAUGUGGCUAAUGUCGGAGUCGGUACCCCGCCCACGAACUUUUCCCUUAUCAUUGACACAGGCUCUAGUAAUACAUGGGUAGGAGCCGGGAAACACUUCUCUCCAACCAGCUCAUCACAAAUUACUGCAAACGUUGUUACUGUCACCUAUGGCUCCGGUUUCUUCGCUGGGACGGAAGUUAUGGACACUGUGACUCUCACAAAAGAACUCGUCAUUACUGGCCAAAGCAUUGGUUCUGCACUGAUAUCUGAAGGGUUCGAGGGCGUUGACGGCAUCCUGGGAAUUGGGCCGACAGAUCUCACAGAGGGAACUCUGGUUCCAAGCGUCAUCUCAACGGUUCCAACUGUGACGGACAAUCUAUUCAAGCAGGGAAAGAUCUCACAAGAGGUCGUAGGAGUCUUCUUUGCGCCCACGACGUCAGAUCCUAAUGCGAACGGCGAGCUUACAUUUGGUGAAAUUGAUGCCACGAAGACUGUUGGCGAUGUCACCUUCGUACCGAUCACUUCGACAUCCCCAUCAAGCGAGUUCUUUGGUAUUGACCAACAGAUUGCGUAUGGUUCAAACAGGACAACCAUUCUUUCUUCCACGGCCGGUGUUGUCGACACAGGCACUACGUUGGUUCUUCUGGCCACAGAUGCAUUUAACGAGUACAUGACCCUGACCGGUGCAACGGAAGAUGCCACUACUGGAUUGCUUACGAUUUCACCAGAGAACUUUGCGAAUCUUCAGAGCCUUUUCUUCACCAUAGGUGGAACAGAGUUCGAGCUUACUAAGAAUGCACAGACGUGGCCUCGUGCUCUCAAUGCUGAUAUUGGAGGUGACGCGAACUCCAUAUUCCUGAUUGUCUCCGAUUUGGGAGUUCUUGGCGGUUCGGGUAUGGACUUCAUAAAUGGAAUGACGUUCCUUGAACGCUUCUAUUCCGUCUUCGACUCCACGAACAAUCGCGUUGGUUUCGCGAAGACAGCACAUACCUUCGAUGAGACAAAUUGAGGUGCGGGUUGGGCAGUGCGGCUCUGAGAGAGUUGAGUCAGGAUGCGAUUAUCCUCCUCUUGGUUGUAUCUUGAAUGUAAUUU